UUAAAGGAAAAAAACAACUCUUGUAAUGAAUAACCUUGUGACGCCUGUCACACAAAAGUAAAUAUUAUGUAAGUGGUCCAUUUAAGAGCACCACUUUUUAGCUUGGCCAGGUAUUCAAAAUGUGUGUUUAAAGUCAGAAUAUAUGAUACUUCGAAGUAUGCUUUCUGUUACCUUUUUAAGAGUGGGUUUUAGGAAACGUUGCCCCUUUAAAUAUGUUGGAGGACCUUGACCUUUAAAAACCCUGCACUAAUGCACUAUGGGACGGCACCUUUUUCUGUUGGGAGUUUAUACUCUGCUUAGUUUGCUGCUGAAGGUUUGCCGUUGGGUAUUUCAUGUGUACAGGUUUUCUAAACUUAGAUGUGUUAAUGCAAAACGGUAUAAAGUUAGAUGUAGACUCUGUUUAUCUAGCUUUAGUUUUUUGAGUUUUAGUCAAUGUUCUUUGUUUAGCAAACGUGGCUGGCACUUAUUUUUUUUCAUUGCUAUUAUCUGGAGGAAAACAAAACAUACCCUUGGAUUUUGGAUUACAGCUGUGUUUUUUGGACUUUGUUUGUCUUUCUGGAGCGCUCCUGGACAACCACACAAACCGUUUCCUUCUUAAGAAUGUAGACAACCCCGGACAGCUGGACCAGAUGAGCUUCAUGAUCGGACUGACCCCCGACCAGUGCAAGGGUAACAGUCCAGUCCAGUACCUGGAGAAGGGGAAAGAGCAGCAGCCUAGAGUCACCAAAUCGGUACAGGACUUCAACACCCCAUUGAGAGCCAACUACAUAGCAGUGCGUCCGGAUCCCGGCGUCUACUGCUCCGAGUUCAAGAUCUUGAAGAACCCAACAAACGGAUGGGACCUGCCACCAGGCCAGGAACCCAAGCCCAUGACGGGGGCGGAGUGGCUGGGGGGGAAGCUAGAGCAGACCCUGCAAGGUGGCGGCUGCGUGGUCUUCUACACCACCAACUCACCCUGCCUGAAGCACUGUUUCAGCGACAAAUGCGAUAGAAUGAUCGACGAGCCCCUGUCGCAGAAGCCCUUCUCUCUGUGGCGCGAAGCGAGCAACGUGCACAUGUACUUCACCUACACCCAGCUCUUCGAUGGUGACGACGUGACACUCGUCCAGAAAGGUUUCUCUAACCUGAGGAACCUGGGCUUCACCAUCGAGAAGUGCCCUUACCAGCUGCAGCUGUCCUGCCCCGACUGUAAAGCCGUGACCGCCUGCACAGACUGCUUGAGCAAGACGACCUUCUGCAACAACUGCAAAGACAAGAUGAGGAAGUGCCAGAACUGCAAGUCUGUUGACUACCAGAAGACCUGCAAUGACUGCACAGAAUUUAAGGGGAAGUGCACCUGCGACAAUAUCCCCAAGGUGAAACAGUUGAAAUGCAGGGACUGUUUGAAUCACAGAAAUGACUGCUUAAAGUGCCAAAAGGUGUACUGCGACAACUGCUCUAAAGAUCAGAGUGAGUGCCUGUCAUGCGAGUACGCCCGGGAGCUUGCCUGCAAGAGUUGCCGAAGCAGACACCUGGACUGCUACAACUGCCUCAACCAGCGCAUCGAGUGCCAAGUGGAGAACUAAAGAAAAGGAGGUGAAAAAAUGAGCUCAGCUUUCUUGAUUUCUUUUUUACUUUCUUUUUUUCAAUGUUUGUUUUUAGUCUCUUACAUUUCAGUCUGUCUCUCUGCUUUGGUGGAACAAAAUCAGUCUGGUCAGUCAGUAAUUGGCAGUGCUCAAAAAUACAUACUCUAAAAGCACCCGGCUGGGAAGGUGCACCACUAUAGGCGACUCAGAGGCUUGUCUCCAACGCCACCUAUGCCAUUGCCAGCUUUGGCCGGGAGUUCCCAGAGGGCAGCGUGCAAUUGGCCAAGCACUGCAGGAUUAGGGAGGGAUAAAGUUGGUCAAGGUUUGCUCUUGUCCAUGGUUGAAUUUGUUGUAGUACUGUUGAUGUUUUUUAUAGCAUUUUACAGCUUGCUAAACCUUGCAAGUCACCUUGGAUAAAGGUGUCUGAUAAAUGUCAGCAAAAUUAAUAAUACUUUAUAAAGUCAUUAUUAAAUAUAUAUUACGUGUUAAUCAAAAGUUAAUAUAGCAUCAAUAAGCAGAACCUUAAUAUACAGCUUUACCAAGAACAAAAUAAAAUAAAUACACAGCAAGCUAAUGCCUGCUCUCAUGUAUAGCGUAACCAGCAUGUGUGUUUACCCCUCUUGCAGCUACCUUGUUGGAACUGCCAUGCUCCUCUGUGUAAUCACCAUUAAACUGCAGCAAAACAGCA